AUAAGAUGAAAUAAAUCCAUAUCUCCUAGUGUAAAUUGUAGACAUUUGCAUCCCUGUGAUUCUUACAAAACAUGAAAUCCGAAGGCGUUGAUGUCUCCUCUGAUGGGAAACCACCUGCAAAUUAUGAUAAGGAGGCUGUGGAGGGGCAGUGGACCACCGGUCUCUGGGAUUGUCGCGAGGACGGAUCCAAUUGUCUCCUCACUUGCUUCCUUCCGUGCAUAACCUUCGGACAGACCGCAGAGAUUAUAGACCGAGGAACAACACCGAGCAGGGUGGCAAGCAUACUCUACUGCGGGCAGCAAUGUCGAUGCGUGUAUGGGAGCUUGUACAGAACAAAACUGCGUCGUUUGUUCUCACUCCCUGAAGCUCCGUAUUCGGACUCAGUCAUACAUUAUUACUGCUGCUGCAUCUGUGGCCUCUCACAGGAGUACAGAGAACUCAAGAAUCGCGGGUUCGAUCCCUCUAUAGGUUGGGAAGCGAAUGUCCAGUUGCGGAAAGCUGAUGGACUUACGCCUCCGAUCGUCGCAGCUGGCAUGUCUCGAUGAAUAUUAUUAUUUAGCGGCCAGUUGAAUUACCAUAUCGUUAUGCGGG